AUGAGAGAUGGGGAAGCCAUGCAGGGGAAUGCCGAGUCGCAUCGGCACCCAAACGGCAAGAUACAACCGAUGCCGGAUCCUCGUAUGGCCACUCGGCUGCGCCUCCGUAGAACACGCCAGACGCCGUCUCAAAGUCUCAGAAUGAACUCUGCAAUCAUAUUGGCACGGUUUCAGUUACGCAGUCACAACCAGUUUGAUAGGUCCGAUUUUUGCGUGCCAGGCUGGAGCCCACAAUGCGGGAAAGGGGAUGAAAGACGUGCGGCUGAUUUAGUUGUCGGACGGACGGACCAGUCAGAAUUACGUACCACUUGUCACACAAGUCCCGAUCAUGAUACUAGUGGUCAAACAAGUCUCCAUGUCUUGCUUGCCGAUACUGAACUGAUCAACCAAGAUCCGGCAACCGAUUGA